GGGAGGGAGGAAGCGGCCUGCCGGAGAGCCAGGGCGCAGUGGGCAGCAGGACGGAGCGGCCGGUGAUGGGGACCCCGCAUCCCAGGCAGUGCUGGCACUCCUGGCGCCUGACAUGAGCCCUUGCGGGCCCCUCAACCUGAGCCUGGCGGGCGAGGCGACUACAUGCGCGGCGCCCUGGGUCCCCAACGCGUCGGCCGUGCCGCCGUCGGGCGCUUCGCCCGCGCUGCCCAUCUUCUCCAUGACGCUGGGCGCCGUGUCCAACCUGCUGGCGCUGGCGCUGCUGGCGCAGGCCGCGGGCCGCCUGCGACGCCGCCGCUCCGCCGCCACCUUCCUGCUGUUCGUGGCCAGCCUGCUGGCCACCGACCUGGCAGGCCACGUGAUCCCGGGCGCGCUAGUGCUGCGCCUGUACACUGCGGGGCGCGCUCCGGCCGGCGGGGCCUGCCACUUCCUGGGCGGCUGCAUGGUCUUCUUCGGCCUGUGCCCGCUGCUGCUGGGCUGCGGCAUGGCGGUGGAGCGCUGCGUGGGCGUCACGCGGCCGCUGCUCCACGCCGCGCGGGUCUCGGUCUCCCGCGCGCGCCUGGCGCUGGCCGCGGUAGCUGCGGUGGCCUUAGCCGUGGCGCUGCUACCGCUGGCGCGCGUGGGCCGCUACGAGCUGCAGUACCCGGGCACGUGGUGCUUCAUCGGCCUGGGUCCCUCGGGCGGCUGGCGCCAGGCACUGCUCGCCGGCCUCUUCGCCGGCCUCGGCCUGGUCGCUCUCCUCGCCGCGCUGGUGUGCAACACGCUCAGCGGCCUGGCCCUGCUGCGCGCCCGCUGGCGACGCCGCUCCCGAGGGCCUCCCCCGGCCUCGGGCCCCGACAGCCGGCGUCGCUGGGGGGCGCGCGGACCCCGCUCGGCCUCCGCCUCGUCCGCCUCGUCCAUCGCUUCAGCCUCCACAGCCUUUGGCGGCUCCCAGAGCCGCGGCUCAGCACGCAGAGCUCGCACCCACGACGUGGAGAUGGUGGGCCAGCUUGUCGGUAUCAUGGUGGUGUCGUGCAUCUGCUGGAGUCCAAUGCUGGUGUUGGUGGCGCUGGCCGUCGGGGGCUGGAGUUCUACCUCCCUGCAGCGGCCACUGUUCCUGGCCGUGCGCCUUGCCUCCUGGAACCAGAUCCUGGACCCUUGGGUGUACAUCCUGCUGCGCCAGGCCGUGCUGCGCCAACUGCUUCGCUUCCUGCCCCCGAGGGCCAGGGCCAAGGGCGGCCCCGCGGGGCUGGGCCUAACCCCGAGCGCCUGGGAGGCCAGCUCGCUGCGCAGCUCCCGGCACAGCGGCCUCAGCCACUUCUAAGCACAACCGGAGGCCCAACGACGAAGCCAGCCCACCCUGGGGCCGGGCCCAGGUGCGCGGCGCAGAGCCUUUGAGGAAUAAAAAGCCAUUCUGCGA